AUGUCUGUCACUCAGAUCGAGACGUUCGCCGACUUCAAGGCCCUCCUGGCCGCCAACAAGUUUGUCAUAGCCGACUUCACUGCCGACUGGUGCGGCCCCUGCAAGGCCAUUGCGCCCCUCUACAGCAAGCUGGCCACCGAGAACGCCAUUGAGGGCGGCCUGGCUUUUGCCAAGAUCAACGUCGACAACGUCCCCGACGUCGCGCAGGAGUACGCCGUGUCGGCCAUGCCGACCUUCCUGUUCUUCGCCGACGGCGAGCGCGCAUCGAUCAACGUGGCACCGCGCAAGCCGGGCGCGACGGCCGAGUCGGAAGAGGCGGACCCAGCGGGCAAGCGGGUGGUGGACCUGAUCCGGGGUGCGGACCCGCGGGCCCUGACGGCGGCGGCGUCGCGGCUCGGCGAGGCGGCACGCGCGGCGAAGGAGUAA